AUGUGCGACCAGACAGCUGCCUUGGGGUCCACGGGGAACACCAGGAUGCCUGCCCCGACCUUGGACCGGCUGCAGGAAAAAUCACUUCCACCACCACCCAUCCACGUUCGGCCGUGGUGGUUUCCGGUGGAGGAGCUGAGAAACCCCUUGGUGUUUUAUCUGGAGUCCUGGUUGGCUGAUAUUCUCUUUGGCGCUGACCGAAAUUCCAUACCGCAAAUGGAGUGGCUCAGCCAGGUGCUCCUGACCGUGAACGCCUUGAAACAGAGAAAUUUAGUGGAAAUCGCCAUCUUCGGACGCCCAUGCCAACAAAACCGGACAAAGAAAGUGCUCCUGAACCUGGCACUGCGGCACAGGCAACAGCGUAACCGAGCUGAGAAGAUGCAACGACUUGAGGAUUCCUUGAAGGGACCUUUAUUAGAUCCUGAUUUUGCAUAA